AUGGCGCGGAGCUUCUCGGCGUCGGCCAAGGUCUGGAUCAACAAGGAGACCAAGGUCAUCUGCCAGGGGUUCACGGGCAAGCAGGGCACGUUCCACAGCGAGCAGGCGCUGGCCUACGGCACGAACGUCGUCGGCGGCGUGACGCCGAAGAAGGGCGGCCAGGAGCACCUGGGCCUGCCCGUCUUCGACACGGUGAUGGACGCGAAGAAGGCGGUCAACCCGGACGCGUCGAUGAUCUACGUGCCGCCGCCGUUCUGCAAGGCCGCGAUCAUGGACGCCAUCGAGGCGGAGAUCCCGCUCGUCGUCGCCAUCACCGAGGGCGUGCCCCAGCAGGACAUGGUCGAGGUCAAGUACCACCUCACGCGCCAGAGCGCGACGCGGUUGAUCGGCCCGAACUGCCCGGGCAUCAUCAAGCCCGGCGAGUGCAAGAUCGGCAUCAUGCCCGGCUACAUCCACAAAAAGGGCAAGAUCGGCGUCGUCUCCCGGAGUGGCACGCUCACCUACGAGGCCGUGCACCAGACGACGGUCACGGGCCUCGGCCAGUCGACGUGCGUCGGCAUCGGCGGCGACCCGUUCAACGGCACGAACUUCAUCGACUGCCUCGAGCGCUUCACCAACGACCCGGAGACCGAGGGCAUCAUCAUGAUCGGCGAGAUCGGCGGCUCCGCGGAGGAGGAGGCCGCCGAGUGGCUCAAGGCGCACGGCGACCCGGACAAGCCCGUCGUGGGCUUCAUCGCGGGCACGACGGCGCCGCCGGGCCGCCGCAUGGGCCACGCGGGCGCCAUCGUCUCCGGGGGCAAGGGCACGGCCGCGGCCAAGUUCGCGGCCUUCGAGGACGCGGGCGUCUUCAUCUCCCGGUCGCCCGCGCAGCUCGGCUCGACGAUGAUCCAGGCCUUCAAGGAGCACGGCAAGGAGAUCCCCAUGGCCGCCUAG